UUUACCUAUCGCCAUUUGUGCAUGCCAUUGCUGACAUAGCAUCAGCUGAUGGCUCCGGUGAUCUGGACCGUUUCUGUUGAGUAGUUUGCGAAGACUUGAUGCUUUUGUGAGAACUAUUACUAGUAAGAAACCUAGAUGAAAAAAGUCGAACGACUUCAUCCUGCGGUUAGAUACAGCCUGAGAGGCAUAUGCGGACGUGUGCAGUAAACCACUAGCCGAAACGAAGCUCAGUGUUGAAACUCUAUUGUGAAAGUGGAAUAUUUAUGUACAUGCACUUAGUGAGGUCAGGCACAUUAUAUAAGGAAUUUUUUGCAAAGAACAUACCCACGCCAGUUAUAUGAUGCGACAUAUAUCUGGCUUGCUGCUACUGGCCCUGGUGUCUCUUUUGAUUCACAUGAUCAAUGCACUCGAGCGCGAAGAUGAUUUGCUUUUGCCGCCAUUUGCCAACGAAAUUGAUCAAAUAUAUCCAGUUAAAUUUUAUCACAACCUUGAUGAAGGUCCUUCGGGACCAGGAACCUCUGCAGCCAACGACUUCGUUGAUGACCUCCUUAAGAAUCUUCCCAGACUUGACGCAUACAUUAAUGCUACUAAACUAGGCCAAUUUCAACAGGGAAAUCUUCAAUUCACGAAUAUGACAUUUUUAGGAAUAGGUGAUGUUUACAGGGACGGAAAUGCUCAUCUGAAUAUUACUAAGGAUUAUUUGCGUAUUCGGAUCCGGCUGGGAUCUCCUAAGCUCACGCUUCGAGGGAACUACCGCUACAAACUGCCAUGGUUUCUACCGAACGUUACCGGAAGCGUACAUGUUGGCCUUAACCGAGUCGUGAUCAUGUUUGAUCUACGAAUGCUGCCAAGUGGAGCUGAGGUCGUAGACCUUGGAGUGACCAGACUUCAAACAAUCACUGUCGAUGAAGUCAGUGGAUUUGCGCCAUUCAACGGAGCUCUUCGAUACCUUCUGGAAGUAAUCGUCCGUCGAAACAGAGAGCGGCUAAUUAGCACGCUCGAGGAGAAAAGUCGCAUAUAUCUGGAAAGCGCCAUGCGAAGGACUUCGGGUGCACAGCGAGCCGUCAACGAAAUUUACAAAGAGAUAAUGCGCGCCCAAACGAGGCAACAGAUCUUCGAUUCAACCAAGCCGUCCUAAUGAACUGGAAUGGCACAGGUUACCUAACGAGGUUGAAGUAGAGUUUGCAGGAAAAGAAACGUCUGUAAUACAUACGCUGCAUAAAGCUAUUAUAUAUAGGAUAUUUCACUAUGAGCUGCGGAUCUUCAGGUCAUGUUGCCUUGGGUAUUCCUCAUAGUCCUAUUAUCGAUAUUGGAAAUAGCUGGCCGCAAUCCAAUUUUUCGGUAGGGUGGAAUUUCGAUUACUGUAUAUUGUGAAUUGCCUGACAUCAGUACUAGCGCCCCUUGGCGGUCAGCCUUGAAAACAAACCCUUUCUGUGGUGAGCUAGUUGAAUAGAUGAACGCAUUUUCUUUGAACACUUUUUGCUGGUAAGCAAAGGUCGAGUCUGCCCUCGUGACAGGUUUCCAACAUUGGUCGCCACUAGAGAGAAAUUGAAUGUGAAUAUUGUUACGGGCUUGGAUCAGACGCAUGCUCAUCAACGUCAAGAACGUGUCAUGAUGAGAUGAACCAAGUAGACCUUACCAGCGAAAUGUCCAAUAAAAAAUGAGAUCCGAAAUUUCAAUGUAUGCAAUCAUGAUUGUGCCGCCGGUGCUCUGAUUCUAUUCUAGUGGUCUCAGAUCUCUAAUGAAAGCUAGUCGGACGUGUAGACUCAGCAUUUUGCAGUUAUUAGAUGUGAGUCAAGCUGAGUAUUUUUAUAAAUUUACUCAUGACGCCAGUGAGAUUUCAUCGUACCUAUCGAUAAAAUAGCAUCGAUACUUUUUGUUACGCAACAAAACUAUCCUUUUCUACAUUCUAAUUAAAGAUAAUACAAUGUAUACACAUUAUAAGAUGAUAAUAAUAUGUAGCAAACACAAAUUUUAUCCUUAGCAAGUUGGAUGUUUCAUAAUCCAAGAGUAAAAUUGCGUUUCGAUGUCAGACUGUCCGCCCAAUACGAACUGGAUUAUUAAGACAGCUUAAAAUUGUUUUUUCGUCGUCUGCAAUUACAAGCAGUAGCUGUUAGAUAACGCAAACAUCCCCAACCGUAAAUCAUUAACGCUAUAACAGUAGGUAGUACCAUAGUGACAGGAGAAAACACGUAGAACCCAAUUGAAGCAAUGUAUUUUAGAAACAGCAUCGUUCAGUCCUCUGUAUUGCAGCAAUGGGUAUUGUGUGCAUUUCACUAUACUAAUCGAGCGUUGCGGAUUCUUCAAGGAAAUGCUCGCAACGAGAACAUUUCCCCAGUCAAAUUUAUGUUUUCCAUAAAGCUUAACUUUUUUUUUCUAGCCCAACAGGCUUGGGUUAAUCCUAGCUAAUCUAUUGGUUAGAGCAACGAUCGACGAUAAAGUAAACCCUGAAUCGUAAACUCACCCUUUGUCUCGCCUAACUUUUACUUUAUGCGAAGGCUUGCGGAUCCAAAGCUAAUCUGAUCAAAACGGCGAGUAAGUAGGUGUUAUCAUCAUCCCUCGUUGAUUAAAAAACCUUCUCUACCAAGAUGGAUAUAAACAUAAAACAUAAAUAUGCGAAAAUUCAGCAUACAGAAAGCCGACCAUAACACAACAAUGGCAUGUUUAUAAUUUGCUAAAAUAAAAUUUAAC